AUGGUCUUAGCUGACUUGGGGAAGAAGAUCAAUGCCGCCUUCAGUGAGCUACAACGGACGCCUCUGAUUGACGACAAGGCCCUGGAUCUGCUCUUGAAAGGAAUUUCGUCUGCUUUGUUGUCUUCGGAUGUUAACGUAACCCUGGUCGCAAAUCUUCGGAAUCGGGUCAAGUCCAAACUGCUGCCUCAGCUCGAAAAGCUCAUCCAAUCUCCUGUGAAACAAAAGCAAUUGGUCCAUAAAACCGUCUUUGAUGAGCUCGUGGCGCUCGUCAGUCCGACUGGAUCUCCCUCGGAUCACGCAUCUUCCUCCAAUCGGCCCGCUGAGUAUACGCCCUGGCAGCCUAAAAAGGGGAAACCAAACGUUAUAAUGUUCGUGGGUCUUCAGGGAAGCGGAAAGACAACGAGCUGUACGAAGUUGGCUGUGUAUUAUAGGCGCAAAGGAUUUAAAACUGCAUUAGUUUGUGCGGAUACGUUCAGAGCGGGCGCCUUUGAUCAAUUGAAACAGAACGCUACCAAAGCGAAAAUCCCCUUCUACGGCUCUCACACCGAGACAGAUCCUAUUGCAAUCUCUACGGCUGGUGUCACCAGAUUUAAGCGGGAAAGGUUUGAGGUAAUCAUUGUCGACACCUCGGGGCGCCAUCGUCAAGAAACUGAGCUAUUUGAGGAAAUGAAGCAAAUCUCUGCGGGUGUGACUCCCAAUCUAACCAUCAUGGUUCUUGACGGCGCUAUCGGCCAAGCCGCAGAAGCUCAGACACGUGCAUUCAAGGAGGCCGCUGACUUUGGGGCAAUUAUUGUGACGAAAAUGGAUGGCCAUGCAAAAGGAGGUGGUGCAAUUUCUGCUGUCGCAGCAGCUCAAACCCCAAUCAUGUUUAUUGGUACCGGCGAACAUCUCCACGAUCUGGAACGCUUUGCCCCUGAGCCAUUUAUUAGUAAGCUCCUUGGCAUGGGCGAUAUUGGCGAGUUCUUGGAAACUAUGCAAGACCUUCAAUCAGCUACGCCUAGUCAAAAUCGUGAAGAAAUGAGGCAAAGGAUUGAGCGCGGAGUAUUCACGAUCAGAGAUCUUCGAGAUCAAAUGUCCAACUUAACCCAAAUGGGCUCGAUUAGUAAGAUUGCGUCAAUGAUACCAGGAAUGUCAAACAUAAUGGCCGGGUUGGGUGGAGGGGAUGGUGACGAGAUGUCACAAAAGAUGAAACGGAUGAUCUUCAUUUUUGAUGCGAUGUCACCGCAAGAGUUAGAUUCAGACGGAAGUAUUUUCCGAAAAAAGCGACGGGCGGGGGAAAGUACCAGUCAACUUGCGGACGGUGAACCAAGGGAGCCUCAUCCACGAGUACUCAGAAUAGCGCGAGGAAGUGGGACCAGCGUCGAUGAAGUGGAAGGGAUGUUGGCGCAGCAUGCUAUGUUUGCUACGAUGGUCAAGGGCGCUGGUGGCAAGCGGAAAUGGGAACAGCAGCAGGCUUUGAAACAAGCCCAGCAACAGUCCAAGGCAAUGAUGGGGGGCAGCCGGGGUGGCAAGGUGAAGCAACAGCAGGUAACGAUCGAGCAACUGGUCAAGAUGGCACCUGCUCAGCGCUCACAAGUUCUUCGUCAGGCCCCAGCAAAUGUACGGAAGCAGAUCGAGGAUGCAGGUGGAGUGGACGCAUUCUAUGCAUUAUCUCAGGCGGCACAAAGGACGGGAGGCCAGCCCUCAGCGGCAGCCCGAGCUCGACGAGCCGCGGCGGCCAUGGGCGGAGCAGGAGGGGGCGCUGGCGGGGGCGGACUAGGAUCUUUACUAGGCGGACUCGGAGGACUCGGAGGACUCGGAGGACUCGGAGGGGGGCAGAUGCCGGACCCUGAGAUGAUGAGGAAGAUGAUGGAACAGAUGGGCAUGGGCGAUCUCGGCUCUAUGUUCGGCGCUGGUGGCGCCGGCCCCGGGAAUCACUAG